AUGAACCUGGGUGGCGACAUGCUGCCGCAGUAUCGACAGGAGACACCAAAGACGUCGCCACACAUUAUUCUACAUUAUUCAACCUUCAAAACUAUUUGGGACUGGUCGAUACUGGCGCUGACGUUCUAUACUGCGUUUAUGGUUCCCUUCAACAUUGCCUUCAAGAACAGAAGUAUCAACAUUUAUAUUGAUAAAUACAUAUUGAGGACGUUUUUACGAACUUCUUUCCUGCAAGAUGAUGCACUUAUUGGCUUUCUGCUAGGAACCAGUAAUGCUAUUAUUAGUUUUGCGGUGAAGGAGAAGAAGCUGUUGUUUGGAGUUAGAAUAUAA